AUGAAAUUCGCGAAAGAGUUGGAACAGGAACUAGUUCCUGAGUGGAGGGCAAAGUAUCUCGACUACAAGACGGGCAAGAAAAAGCUCAAGGGUAUCACACGAGCCAUCCAGAAGGGCAACCGAAGUCCCCUCCCCCCAUCCUUUCGACAUGCUCCGUCCUCACAUACCGCUGUACAAUCAUCCUUUGAAACACCAACCGUCGAUAAGCCUCUGGACAGGACCGCACCAGAUGACCUUUCAACACCGAAUGCCCGACGUCGGGGCUCCAGUCCCCAGCCCAUCCCACGAUCCAAAUCUACGCCUGGGCAAGAGCGACAGCCGUUGCGCGCUGCGGGGGCACGGUUUCCAGAGACCGUAGGGAGCUAUGGAAGCAUCAUGGCAACGCCGCCGGAGCCCUUGGGGAAGGCAGGAUCAGAUGGGGCAUCUUUCGAGCUGCCAGAUCCUAUAAUGGACCCAGAUGAGUACUCGCCGCCGGGGCAGAGUACCGACCAGGAUUCGGGUCGUCGCAAGGAUGUCAGGACCCCGUCCCCGGUCAUGACCAGACGCGCAACGUUCGGUACGCCUUCAGCUCAACUAGGGGGAAACAGUCCGGGAGAUCAAAGGGUCCCAUCGUUGGCAACGCAUCCCACUUCUCAGAGUCUUAGCCACCAAGGAGAAGAUUUGACCAAAACGAACUCACAAAAGCGUGGGUCGCAGCUUCUUCGGCGAGUAUUCUCCCAUACAGAAGGCGAAGGAGUAGGGAAGAAAUCAGCGAUGGACUCUGCAUUUGACGCCGAGAAGCGCCAGGAUGAGUUCUUUGAGUUCUUGGAUAGCGAAUUGACCAAAAUCGACUCCUUCUAUAAGAUGAAAGAGCAGGAGGCCCACAACCGACUUAAGGCUCUCCGACAACAGUUGCACGUUAUGCGAGAUCAGCGCAUCCAAGAGGUGUAUGAGACCAAACGAGCCGUAAAGCUGAUGAAGGAUGACCAAACCCAGCGCACGAACAAGCUCGGCAAACUCAACGGCUCCCGAAUCAAGGAUACCCUGACUGGAAAAUCUCGGAUCGGAAAGAAUACCCAGGCGUUAGCAGCGAUGGCGACCCCGAGGAUCCCUGAGCGAGAGCGUGAAUUUAUUGCCAGCCGACGAGACUUCAUGCGCCGACAGGAUCCACAAAACAAUGACGUGUCAUAUCGAUCUGCGAAACGCAAACUCAAACAUGCACUGCAGGAGUUUUACCGUGGGGUCGAACUCCUGAAGGGGUAUGCUUAUCUCAACCGUAAGGCCUUUCGCAAGAUCAACAAAAAAUACGACAAAACUGUCAAUGCCCGCCCGUUGCUGCGGUACAUGACUGAACGAGUCAACAAAGCGUCCUUUGUGCAGAGUGAAGAGACCGAGAAUCUGAUCGCGGCGGUCGAAGAUUUAUAUGCCCGAUAUUUUGAACGUGGUAAUCGCAAAAUUGCUGUGUCCAAGCUUCGCCACACAAUCAACAAAUCCGGCGAUUAUUCUCCCAGCACUUUUCGAGCAGGUCUCCUGCUCAUGGCGGGUGUGCUUUUCGCUAUACAGUCGCUGGUAUAUGCGUCACAGCAUUUGCGCGCUGCCGAAGCAGUGGAGCGAGUUCGCACUAGUUAUCUAUUGCAGAUUUAUGGCGGCUAUUUUUUAAUUGUCUUUCACGUCUUGCUAUUUUCCCUGGACUGUAUGAUCUGGACCAAGUCGAAGAUUAACUAUGCAUUUGUAUUCGAAUAUGAUACCAGACACACGCUGGAGUGGCGCCAAUUGCUUGAAAUUCCCGCGUUUUUUAUGUUCGCCCUGGGCCUUUUCAUGUGGCUCAACUUUUCAUGGAUUAAUUCCAUGUACAUAUACUGGCCUGUUGUGCUCAUAUUUCUGACCCUGGUCAUCGUCUUCUUGCCAGCCCGCGUGCUGUAUCACCGCAGCAGAAAGUGGUGGGCAUUUUCGAAUUGGCGUCUUCUACUUGCCGGUGUUUACCCUGUCGAAUUCCGAGAUUUCUUUCUCGGUGACAUGUACUGUUCCCAGAGUUACGCUAUGGGGAACAUCGAGCUAUUCUUCUGUCUCUACGCCAAUGCUUGGAGUAACCCUACACAGUGUAACUCGAGCCACUCUAGGCUGCUUGGGUUCUUCACCUGUCUUCCAGCAGUAUGGCGAUCCUUUCAGUGCAUCAGGCGAUACGUCGACACGAAGAAUGCUUUCCCUCAUCUCUUGAAUUUGGGAAAGUACAUUUUCAGCAUCCUCUACUACGCCACCCUGAGCAUGUAUCGCAUCGACCGUCACACUCGUUUUCAGGCCUCAUUCAUCACGUUUGCACUUCUGAACUCUGUCUAUACUUCAGUAUGGGACUUGAUAAUGGAUUGGAGUUUGGGCAAUGCAUAUGCUAGGCAUCCUCUGUUGCGUGAAAUGCUAGCAUUUCGACGAGUCUGGGUGUACUAUGUCGCAAUGGUCUUGGAUGUGAUCAUUCGGUUUAAUUGGAUCUUCUACGCCAUAUUUGUCAACGACAUCCAGCACUCAGCUGUCCUCAGCUUUGUUGUCUCACUCUCAGAAGUCUUCCGUCGAGGCGUCUGGACUAUCUUUCGUGUGGAGAACGAGCACUGCACCAACGUGCUCUUGUUCCGUGCAUCACGAGACACACCCCUUCCAUAUGAAAUUACUGCCACACCAGCGCUUGAUGGUGCCCAUGCGGAUGAUGUCCAGCUUCAGGAACAGCAAAACACUCCUUUCAUGUCUGCAGGAGAUGCUGAACAUGGAACACCAUCAUCCAUGACCAGUCAACGUGCACGAAACCGACGUCCAUCGGCUAGUUUCGCUCGCGUUGGAAACAAGGUUGCGGGUGCCCAUGCUCACGACUUUGAGAGAAGGCGCCUUCCAUCGUACUUAGCCGGUACGGGAGUCACGCGUGACUCAUUACGCGGUGCUGAUGAUUCCUCUGAUGAGGAUGAAGAGUUAACCACCGAUGAAGACUCGGGCUCGACGGUUGAUGUUGGCCCCGACCAUGACGACGCAGAGAUGACAGGUGACCAGCGAUCUGCGAUGCACCGGAUCAAUGAAUAA